AUGCUCCUCGCCCAAGCGAUGAAAUCGCGGCAAACGAAAGAGAUGAAAGAGAAGGAACAGAAGUUGAAUAAAGAGAAGCUCGUUUUGGAAGCGAAACUCGCAGUUGUGAAUGCAAAUAUCGAAGCCUUGCAAGAGAUCAUUCGGCGGCAGAAAACCGAAUCAUCCAGCACAGACACGCCAGAGACCGGCAGUGUGGCAGAACUAUGGGCCAGCAGCAAGGGCAACCGGUGUCAAACUAAGGGUCGUAGGCAGGUGGAAUCCAACGAACAAGCUAUGCAGCGGCAGGAGGCUAAGGAUAAAUUGGUCAGCCUGGGGUUGAUCACCCCUUUUGGUACGACCGUAAGUGAGGCCAUGGGCAAGAGUACCGGGAAGGCUGGCAGUGGCGCAGUCGAGCAGGAUAGUACCGAACUCUUGGCAAAUGCUGAGGCGGCUGAUGCGGCUCUAAUGAGAAGCAUUGUGAGCCAUAAAAAGGCCGAGUUCGGGGGUGCGCAAGCGAAGCGUGCGGGUUUGGGUUUGACAUUGACACACAGAAGCAAGCCUCUGCAAAAGGGUGGAGCAGAAACAGGCGAGCCAGUCGAGGACACGUUAGUGCUGAGCGAUACAGGCUCGGAACCAGGUUCAGAAAUAGGUGUUGAUUCGUCAUCUGAGGCAGAUGCAGCUGACAGCGACUACGUACCAUCUGAUGUCGAAAAUACUAUCGUGGCUGAAGACAUGGAAGAAGACGCUGUGAUGUCUGAGGUAGAUGUUGAAAUAGAAGAUGGUCACGACCUGUAUACUGACUCCGUGGAACAAGGCGAGUUCGACAACGAGAAAGUGAGCGACGCGAAGGCCAGAAAGGCCAAGAAAGAUUUGAAGACCAAGCGCACCACCGAUGAUGUUGACGACCGUGUAUAUUGGAAACGGUACAAGAAGUGGGCGAGGGCACGAAUCAAGGAACGACGCUUGGCGGAAAGACUGAUGGCGCUAGAUGAAGAUAGCGUAGAAGUGGUAGACGGCUCAUCACCUCUUCUUGCAAUAGAAAACGGUACGAAUGUCGAUAUCAAUACGCAGCCGCUAUUUCCUAGCAAGCGCGCUUCGAAUAAGACGAAGAAGCAACGAAGGAAGCGUGCAACGGACAGUUCUGACACUGAUAGUGAAGAUGAGAUGGAUGAGAUUACUGAUGAGAUGCUGAAAGAGGAAGAAUUCAAGCCCCAUCCUGUGGAGCCGGAUGAAGUGAUGGGCCAGUUCAAGGUGCCAGGCGAAGUUUGGUCUCGUUUGUUGGUGUAUCAAAAAGUGGCUGUGCGAUGGAUGUGGGAACUGCACGGGCAGAAGGCCGGGGGGAUCUUGGGGGACGAAAUGGGAUUAGGGAAAACAGUGCAGGCAAUAGCACUCCUGGCCGGAAUGAAGUACAGCGGCAUCAGCGGACGAGAUGCCCAAGUGAAGAACGGCAUGCGGCAGAAACGGACACCAAGAUUAUUGAAAAACGUUCUAAUAGUAUGCCCGGGGACAAUCAUGCAUCAGUGGGUGGCGGAGUUCAACAAAUGGUGGGCUCCCUUCCGAUGCUAUAUUCUGCACGAGUCUGGUUCCUUCAAGACUCAGGGAUUAGACAGGGCGAAGAUGAUUGAGCAGUUCCGUCGAACUGGUAAUGUGAUGAUUACGACAUACCAGGGACUCAAGAAUGACACCCAAUAUCUGCUGCCAAUCCGUUGGGACUACGUAAUACUGGACGAGGGGCACAAGAUUCGAAAUCCAGACGCCGACAUCACCAUCGCAUGCAAGCAACUGAGGUGUGUGCACCGUCUCAUACUCAGUGGAUCACCGCUGCAGAACAACCUCAAGGAGUUGUGGUCGCUGUUCGACUUUGUUUUCCCGGGGCGACUUGGGCCUCUGCCUGUGUUUAAUGCGGAGUUGGCCAUACCAAUUAAUCUGGGAGGUUAUGCGAAUGCUACGGCUGUACAGGUACAAACAUCUUACAAGUGCUGUAUGGUUCUCAGAGAUGCUAUUAGCCCUUAUCUGCUCAGGCGUCAGAAAGUGGAUGUUCUCUCAUCGUUGCCUAAGAAGGUGGAGCAAGUGCUCUUUUGCUCGCUGACUCCUAAGCAACGAACGCUGUACCGACAGUUUCUGAAUGGUAAAGAGUGUGCGAGUAUCAUGGCCGGGCGACAGAAUCUGUUGUAUGGAAUCGGCAUCAUGCGCAAGCUGUGUAACCAUCCGCAUCUGGCCCAUGUGGCCGAUAUCAAAAAACUGGAGCAGUCUCACUACGACAACUACGGCGAUUGGCAGCUGUCGGGCAAGAUGGCGGUGCUGCGUCUUCUCCUCAUUAGGUGGAAGGAAGAUGGCGAUCGCGUACUGCUCUUCUCCCAGACGCGACAGAUGCUGGACAUUCUAGAACUGUUUGUGCGCCAGUGCGGCUACAAGUACUGCAGGAUGGAUGGCAAUGUACCGGUGAAGCAGAGACAAGGGCUCGUCAAAACGUACAACGAGGAUCAAUCAAUAUUUGUCUUCCUGCUCACAACUAAGGUAGGAGGUUUAGGCGUUAAUUUGACAGGGGCCAAUCGGGUUGUGAUCUACGAUCCAGACUGGAAUCCCUCAACCGAUAUGCAAGCAAGAGAAAGAGCCUGGCGAAUAGGUCAGGAGCGGGAUGUGACGGUAUUUCGACUGCUCACUCAAGGCGCAAUCGAGGAGAAAAUGUACCAUCGGCAAAUAUUCAAACAGUUCCUGGCCAAUCGAGUGCUUAAAGAUCCCAAGCAGAGACGCUUCUUCAAAUCAAACGAUCUGCAUGAACUCUUUCAGCUAAAUGAGGAGGUACCGGACGAGAAUUCGAAAAGCGAAACCGCCACAAUGUUUGCUGAGCCCGGUACCGAGAUUUCACGGAGGGAUAUGUCCGAAACGACCACAGAUGAACCUUCAGACAUGACAAAUGGCUCACAAACUACCGGACAGAGGGAUUUCCACACACAAAUUCACCAAGAUGAACGUACUCAUCGUGAAGUAGGGGAGGAACAGAACCUCGCGGAGGAAGGCAGGGACACAGCAAACGAAUCGACCAGUAAGGUGGGACGGGGCCCGGAUGGAUGUGAUACGGGUGAACGAUCAGAUAGCAUUCCAGAUACCGCCAAAAGGAGGGGAGAGGAUGGUUUUGGUGUGAUAAACGCUUCAGAUAUUGCCGGAGUGGCUGCGGUGGAGACGACUGGGAUCGAGAACGAGGCAGAACGUAAGCUGAAACGCGAUAGACGGCGGAAAGCAAAUUAUGAUACAGAGGAAAUUGAUAAUCAAGGUGAUUCCGAUGGCGUUAGUAGCAGUAAGAAUAUAAACAUAAACGGGAAGGGGCUUGAAGAUGGCGAAGUGGCUGUGGAUAAAAUUAGCGCAGGCGGAAUGUAUCUGAGCAAGAGACAAAGGGUUGAGCUUUACCGAAAAGAAAAGCGAGAGAGGUACGAGAAAGCUAAAAUGAGAGGCAGAAGGGAGCCAAUGCGAGGAGAGGAGAGUGACUCCGAUGGCGGUCUGAAAAACUACGCAGUAGGUAAAGACGAGGACGAGGGCGGUAUCUUGUCAAUGUUGUUCAAAAACACGGGUAUGGUUAACGGAGCAUUGCAACACGAUAGAAUCGUCGAUGGAGGUGGUCAGGAAGAGCUACUCGUCGAAAAUGAAGCUAAGAAGGUGGCCAAACGUGCAGCAGAUGCACUGAAGAAAGCUAGAUCACUGCGCGCACACGUACCCGUUCACAGUGUCACGUGGACGGGAAAGACUGGCUCGGGACCUCACGCACCCAAAGCCAACGCACCAAAUGCCGGUGGAGGUAGUAGUAGUAGCUGGUGGACACAGGGGUCAGGCAAGCGUGAGAAUGGUUUGACGGGCCCCCACGCAUCAACAUCGACAGGUGUGAAGGUUAUAAAGAGACGAUUCGGUAAUGUGAAAAGCCAAGCGCUCAGCAACACGGCACGAGUCGAUCAAGCCGCCGAUGAACUUUUGGGUGGUAGUAUGUCAAAUGCACAUUCCCCUGCUUCAGUACAUCGGAGAUUGGCUAGUAGUGCGAGCGCCAGCGCGAACAAUUCCCGUACGCAAUCGCCUAUGCAUUUUCAAAUGAUGCAGGGAAACGAUACAAGCGCGAAUGUAGUGAACACUUUGCAGGACAAUGAGUACCGGUCCACUCAACGAAUAGGGGCGGCGUUAGGAGGCCGCGGUGCUGUGGAUGGCAGUUCAGACACAGGUGGAAAGUUGAGCGUGAUGGGUACAAGCAAUAACUUCGACCAAAAUGGCAAUAUAGUCGAUAAUGCUGUGAAUCCUUCAGCCACAGAGGCGAGUAUAACGGCGUCUUCAAGCCUUCUAAAUAGAAUGCGGCAGAGAGCUGGACUGGGUACAAUGGAUGAGCAAGAUGCUACGCGAGUGCUCGUGGCGCAGUUACGUGAUUUUAUCGGCCGACAGCCCAAUCAAAGGGCCGCUACGCACGCAAUUGUUGGAGAAUUUGAAUUGAAGCUGAGCAAGGAUGACCUCGGAGUAUUCCGGAGCAUGUUGAAGGAGAUUGCAAAAUUCAACCGAAUAGAUGGUGUGGGUGGCUGGAAGCUGAAGGAAGACUACAUGUAGUAGAAUGUAAAUAGUUAAUCAAUAAAAAAUUACUGGG